CAAUAAUAUACAACGGUUGGAGCGGCGAAACAAAGCGGAUAUAAUAUGACGCGAAGAAAACAGACCAUGGCGAAUCAUUUUAUCUACAAAGAAAAUCUGACCAUGUUUAGGCUAGCAGAGAUCGCUUAGCUGCGUCUGAUUGCGGCCCCUUUGCGUGGUCACGCACGUCCGUGCACGUGCGUCAAAACCAUGAAGCAAUGGAGCGCCACUUGCCCCCGAGGAUCUGGGAGCUCUGGACACGGUUCAGACGGUGGAGCCGCGGAGGCAGACAGCGGUGGCAGCCGGAGGGGGAAGUUGCUGUGCACGGUCGUCCACCUAGGCGUUGGAGGACUCGCUUUGAGCGAGCCACUUCCCACGUUCAGGAAGUUGGGCCCCCCACCUCUGGCAUUGAGGUACCCCGCUUUGACCUGCCUUCUUACUUAGAUGUUCGACUUCCUCUUUACACUGAUCUCUUUCCUCCUCAUUCUCCUCCACGCUUUCCUGUUCCUUCUGCUAUUCCUUCCUCACCUCCUCCUCCCUAUUCUCCUCCACACUCUCCUGUUCCUUCUUCUGUUCCUUCCACCCCCCCUCCUCCUUAUUCUCCUGUUCCUUCUCGCUCUUUUGCUGCUCCUCAUUCUCCUCCACGCUCUCCUGUUCGUCCUUCUUCUGUUCCUUCCACACCCCCUCCUCCUUAUUCUCCUGUUCCUUCUCGCUCUUUUGCUCCUCCUCAUUCUCCUCCACGCUCUCCUGUUCGUCCUUCUUCUGUUCCUUCCACACCCCCUCCUCCUUAUUCUCCUGUUCCCUCUUGCUCUCCGGCUCCUCCUCUUUCUCCUCCAUGCUCUUUUGCUCCUUCUUCUUCUAUUCCACCUUCACCCCCUGCUCCUUCCCCUCUGGUUCCACCUAUUGUGGCUCCUUCUGAGCUGCCCUGUGUUCCCGAUGCUGGCCUUCCCCUGUCUCCUGUUAUUCAGGACUCAGGCUCCACAGUGGAAGGGACCAGUGAGGACUUAGCGGUUGGGGAAACCAACGAGGCUCCUAGCAGCGGCAGCAGCAGCAGCACACCUGGUAGAGCCUUUGCGUCUGGCUGGGCAGUUCUUGUCGCAGGUUGCGUCUGGCACUGGGGCCUGCGUGUACAGUUCAGCAUGGUGGUGGGAUGGACUUUUCUUUCACCCUGGAGGCUGAGUUCUGCGCCUGGCAGGGCCGUCGACCCCCCCAUGCAAGUUGCUCUAGCAUCUGGCAGGUUUCGUAAGGAGAAGACGAUGAGGGCACCAGGAGACGAGGAGAAGGAGCUGCAGAAGGAGACAACAGGCAAUGAGACGACCGAUCUGGACCAUGGUCCUGCAGUCCAAGGAGAUGUCAAACGGAUUGCAGGAAAUUCGGCUGCACAAUUACAUUCAGUGCAGCUGUGGAGGAUGGAGACAACAGACACCAUAGGACUACCUGGAGAGAAGUUGUCACCUGUGUGUAUAGAGGCUCAAUGCUCAUCCUUCGCCUCUUUGCUCCCUCCAGCCUCCGGUCCCGACAGAGGGGAGCCUCCCAGUGCUAACCACAUAGAGGAAGUGUCUUUAUCACUGCUCCCUCUGUGCUGCUGGGUUUGGGAGACUCUUCACAUAAUCAGUGGUGUUGACCUCCAUCUGUAAACAGAAGACAGUCAAGACAAGUCAUAUUCAUAAAUAAUUUGAAACAAAUUGUAAUAAAUACGUUUCAUGUUAAACCUCA